AUGUUUUCCAAGCUACUCGCUUGGAAUGGGCGCAGUUUUGCACAAGCUACAGCUGCACCAAAGUCCCUCCCCUCAGAUAUCCCAAUUGAAGAAGAGUUAAUUCCUGGAUACGACCCUAAACGCUUCUAUCACCCUAAUCCUGGAGAGAUCCUAGAUGGGAGAUUCGAGUUGAAAGCAAAGAUUGGAUGGGGGACUACGUCGACGGUGUGGCUGGCGCAAGACGUGAGAUGGCGAUGGGGUUCGAAGCCCUAUGUCGCCAUCAAAAUCAACGCCUGCACAUCUCACAAUGGAGCGGCCGCCAGGCAUGAGCUCGAGAUAUCGAACCACAUCGACAGUGCAAAAUCGGACGAAUCGGGAUAUCGCUAUGUUCGGACCGUGGAAGACAGUUUCGAAAUUUCUGGACCUAAUGGAUCGCAUCUCUGUCUCGUUUUCGAGCCAAUGAGGGAACCGAUUUGGCUAUUACGAAGAAGAUUAGGCGCCGACAAAGUCACUCGAGAUUUCCUGCCCUUUUUCAAAUUGUAUAUCAUAGUUUUGCUCGAUGGGCUCGACUAUCUACACACAAAAUGCAGCAUCAUCCACACAGAUUUAAAACUGGAUAAUAUUCUGGUUACCUUCGAGGACAAAUCAGUCAUUGAUGAAUUCAUCCAAGGUCAAACUCAGGAACCAAUGUCUCAGAAAGUGUUAGAUGAUCGGACGAUUUAUCUCUCCCACAACGACUUUGGGCAUCUCAGGCUCAUCAGAGACACGCCUGCAUUGAUGAAGAUAUGCCCAAAAAUUACAGACUUCGGUUUGGCUCAACGAGGGGACAGGCAGGAACCACUCAUCCACCCUAUUCAAGUAGACCACUGCCACGCUCCGGAAGUUCUCCUCGGCACAGGAUGGUCGUACAGUGCUGAUAUAUGGAAUUUUGGUGUCAUGGUUUGGGAUCUCCUCGCGGGGGAGGAGCUAUUCCAGAAGCUUAAUGGUGAAGACGGUACUUACAGCGCCCAGCAUCAUUUAGCUGAAAUGAUUGCUCUAUUAGGUCCCGUGCCGCCGGGACUUGUGAAGCGAGAAAGGAACAUGCGGCACUGGCAAUGGGCUCCUGACGCCGUAAAUGCCAAAGGCAAGCUUUGCAAUAAUGCAGCUGAUUUCUAUGGCGGCCCCUUUUUUGACAAUAAUGGCCAAUUCGUCGGUAAUGACUUGAUCCCUUUAAAUAGACAUCUGAAGGAUAUCGUUCCGGAAUGCAUCAUUGAUAAAGAGGUUGAGGUUUUCCUGAGUUUCAUCCGGAGGAUGCUAUGCUGGCUCCCGGAGGAGCGGGCGACGGCUGAGGAGUUGCAGAAUCAUCCCUGGCUUGAUCUUACCAGAGAAUGA